AUGGGUCAACAGCAUUCCGAGGAGCAAGGUGCUCGUAACGUGUCCACUGAGCAACUCAGCCAUGAGCUCGCGUUACGCUUCGCUAGAAAGUGCUUCACGCCUUUGGAGAUCACCCAUUUCAAGGACGUCUUUCGAUCGCUGGCCGAUGAGCAAGACGGCAUACACUAUUGGAAGGAAGAGACGUUAUGUCGCUUUCUGGUCAUACCUGAUGCCCUUGGCCCAGGACCUCUCAUUUAUCAGAUGGCUACUUAUCUUGGGGCGUUCCCAUUCCCUAGCCUGGCCCCAAGUAUUCUGACGAUCGAGGCCAUGCUUAAGGUCGUUGUCAUCAUGACGGAGAGGUAUGGGAGAGUAUUAAAGAAUGGGAAAGCAGAUCGCAACAAAUUGCUUUUCAGAAGUCUGGCAGUGUUCGAUCGGAGGAUGAGUUCCGUCCAUGAAAAACCGUCACAAGAAGCGCUGGACGCCUUGCGAGAAGAGCAACCAGGGUCGGGAGAAACGGCGAUUACAUCUCCUAUCCAAAGUCAUGCGCCGCGGUUCUCUAUCGAUCAGCCCGCGAAUGAUGACGAGGAAGAAGAGGACGACGACGAACUGGCUCUGGCGGCAUUGGACUCGUUGGACGCUAUAGAGGUAUUCAAGCUCGACCAAAGAGCCGAUACAAAGAUCCAUCACGCCCAAAUACCAGUCGAUAAUUUCAGACGCUUACUUAUGCUACUUCUUAUCAUUGCGCCAUUGGAUGCGCAGGAGAGCCUUUCCGGGCACGCGCAGCGUUUGACAGCAGCGAGAGUUGAAGGCCUUCGCCGAGUGGCGGACAGUAUUUUGUGGUCUUUCACACCGGAGCAGAAUCCAGGCAUUUUCUAUCAUUCAUUCAACAUUAUCAUACCCGCAUCUCUUCCUUACAUGUUCGAUGGCCUCAACCCCUUGUUUGAACACUUCCUUUUCAGCAAGAACAUAGACCUUUCGAAACGUCGAAGACAAUCGUCAUUCUCUACGCCUUUAUCCUCGCCUAUCAAACUACCUUCGAUUGUACCGCAGGUACUAGAUACUCCGCUCGAGCCACUUCUCCCUCGAGAAGGAGAGAUUCUUGAUCUCAACGUCCUUUGCCAAUUGGCCUUCUUCCUCAAAGGAAGCAAUUUAUUCCGACGCUUGAGACCGCUGUACAUGGGAGGUGAAGCUGGUUUCAGUAUGGGGUCAAUUGAGCAAAAGGUCUUCAACUGGCGCGCACCCAGCCUCUUGCUCGUGUCUGGCACUCGUUUGCCAUCAGAACCGGAUGGUGCACGGGAACGUGCUUUUGCCGAUACUUUACCCCCCAAGCGAUUCCCCAACGGGGCCUCAGGCAACAGUACAUCUGGAAGGGUGGUCUUCGGCGCGUACCUUGAUGUGCCUUGGAAGCAUACAUACAAAGAAGCUAUAGGUGGAUCUGAUGCUCUACUCUUUCAGCUCGAACCGAUACACGAGGUCUUCCGAGCGAGCACUAUAAAUACAGAGUAUGCUACAUUCACUAAGCACGGCGUCAGCUUUGGAAACCCUCCACCUCGGGCUAGACCAGUGUCUGGCCUCUCUCAACAUGCCACGCUGGGCGCUGUCUCAUUGUUGCUUGAUGCUUCUCUAGAAUUCGGCGUUUUAAACCACGAUAGUAAUGGAGGUGGCUCUUUUCAUCCGAGUCAAACCCGAAAGAACGACUGGCAAGAUCGAUUCGAGAUUGAGAGUCUUGAGAUCUGGGGAUGCGGCGGAGAUGAAGAGGCCGAAAAGCAAAGAGCCGCAUGGGCUUUCGAAGAUCGAGAGGCGGCAGCGAGGAAGACCUUGAGGAUGGGCAAAGAUGUUGAAUCAGACAGAGCUUUACUGGAGAUGGCAGGUUUGAUCGGCAAUCACAAUGCUAGUGGAGGGAGCAUGGGCUAG